UGGCAAAUGGAGUCUUCUCAUUUUGUUACAAACGAUUCUUUGGUAAUGACUUCCAGUAGGUAUGAGAAAGUCCUGACUGCUUUCUGGGCUGGUGUUGCUGAAACGAAGUCGGUGCUAAAGAAGAAAGUGGAGACACCGAUGGCGACUUUCUAAGGUUUCUCACCAAAGAACAAUGUAUCAUUCUGGUGGAGAACAUUAACAGUAAGGACGUCGAGGUCAAGUGUAUGCCCGGUAGUGGAGCCACGACUCUUAUGCUGGAGGUGGCUAGGAGACUGAACAGACUGGGGACACUCUGCUUGUAUGUAGGUCACGAAAGGAGAGGGACAGGCUCAGGUCGGUGUACCCAUCAGCUGUAGCAGCAGAGGAUCUCAGUAUGGUGGACAUGUCGUCCUGUGUGAAUAUAGUCGAUGAAACCAACACAGUCAUGGCACAAACAAGCGGACAACAUUGGCGAUUUACACCCUAUCCAACUGCUGUCAAAGAACUGAAGUCCCAAAUAUUGGAGGUAGAAAUGAUCAUCAGAGACGACGAGCAGCAACUCAUGGAACUGAAAGCAAACAAUGGCUGUCUGGAAAAAGAUUAUGGAAGCAGUGUACACGUUGUUGGACUGACACGCCGACCUCUUCUGGUUUCAUGUCCUAAACUCCACCUGGACGCGGCACGGGCCAACAAUUACUGGUGCCACGUAACUACUGACGGCCAUCUAGUCAACUCGCCGCCCGAAGCAUGGGAUGAGGGGCAGAACAGACGAAAGAAGUACUGGCGGAACGUCUUAGCGCAUGCGGGGCAGAACAGACUACUGGAGUACAGGGGGAUCUGUAGCUCCCCCAUCCCCCUUCCCCCAUCCUCCUCCACCCUCACACCCCUACCCACCAUCCCCAGAUACUGGGAGACAGAAACCAGGGUGAGGGUGGGUGGUGAGAGGGACCCGACAGUCCUGGAGAUGGGACUGUGCGAGGCAGGACAGGUGGGCAGUAAGACGUAUGUUUCUCUACAGCGCCGCUCCUGGUGUGUCUGUGUAGAGAGCUGUGGCAGACACGGGGGGAGUAUCUGUACCACGGUGUGGAGGGAGGGGGAGCAGGGCGCGUGUCACCAGAACACCAUGUCCAACACUCCCGGCACACAGGCCACCCUCCACUAUGGCGUUGUACUGGAUGUGGGGAGGGGACGAGUGGCAUUCAUCGACCUGGACAGACAGGUUGUUCUAGACAAGUGUAAUGUUCAGUUCAAUGAGCCACUCGUCCCCAUGUUCGGUGUUGGGGCGUUUUUGUCUGGCGUCAUUACGUCCAUGAGUCUGAUCAGCGGGAAGGACAUCAACAUGACUGACACAAAGAAGGAUCUCAUCUACCAAGCGAUGAAAUAGCGAAUUAACUGACUA